GGCCCCCCACGUCGACCACCAACAGCCGCCCACUCCCGAAUUCACCGAUUGAGAUCCAGAGAAGCACCGCCGCCGAGGAAACGGGAGGUAAAUUAAACUCGGCGUUUGACCAACUACGCGCGUGCAUGCAUGCGUUCUUGCAUUGCUCUUGCCUACCUCGCUGCCGAUUCGCCGUCGACGUGGUGGCACAUACAUGAUGGAGAUGUCGCUGAUGGAGGCGAUGGUGAGCGGCGGCACCGGGGAGUCGAUCCUGACGUCGAUGAAGUUUGCCGUGCUGCCGAUCGCCAAGGUGUUCACAUUGUGCUUCAUGGGCUUCCUCAUGGCCACCAGGUACAUCGGCAUCCUCGACGCCAACGGCCGCAAGCUUCUCAACGGGCUAGUGUUUUCCCUACUACUUCCAUGCCUUAUAUUCACUCAGCUUGGACGAGCAAUUACAGUGCAGAAAGUGUUAGACUGGUGGUACAUUCCUUUAAAUAUUGUUGUGGGGACAGUGUCUGGUUCUCUAGUAGGCCUUCUUGUGGCGUUGAUUGUGCAGCCGCCACAUCCAUAUUUCAAGUUCACCGUUGUCCACAUCGCUAUAGGUAACAAUGGAAACAUGCCUCUCGUCCUGAUCGCCGCUCUCUGUCGAGACCCAUCGAACCCGUUUGGGGAUCCUGAGAAAUGCAAGCAGGACGGCAACGCCUACGUCUCUUUUGGGCAAUGGGUCGGGGCGAUUAUCUUGUACAGCUACGUGUUUCAGAUGCUUGCGCCGCCGCCUGGUGAAACCUUCGAUGGAAGCAGAGUGGAGAAUCCCCCUCCCCCAGCCCUGGCUGCUGCACCUGCACCUGAACAAGUUCCCCUGCUAACCUCGCGUGCAUCUGAACAAGCUCCCAAGUGCUCAAAAGCACUGGAAAUUCUGCACAUCUUUGUUGAGAAAUUUAAGCUGAAGCGAGUGUUUCAACCACCGGUGAUUGCAUCGGCACUGGGGAUUUCCAUUGGAGCAACGCCAUCCCUGAAGCACUUGGUCCUGACUAACCACGCCCCGUUAUUCUUCUUUACCGAUGCCUGCAUCAUUCUUGGGGGGGCAAUGAUCCCAUGCAUCUUGCUCGCCCUCGGAGGCAAUCUCGUCGAUGGUCCGGGUGCGGGCAGCAAGAAGCUGGGACUGAGGACGACGGCGGCGAUCAUCAUCGGGCGGCUGGUGCUGGUCCCACCGGCGGGGAUGUGCAUGGUGGCCCUGGCGGACAGGCUGGGGUUCAUCCCGAGGGGUGACACCAUGUUCAAGUUCGUCCUCCUCCUGCAGCACUCCAUGCCUACCUCGGUGCUCUCCGGUACAACAAUUCAUGUCCCCGAGCAAACUCAACCAAAUUAAACCGCCACGCGUGGAUGGAUGCAUACAUGCACCAGGUUAAGUCAUGCAUGAGUAACGAAGCUCUGUCCGAUGGAUUCGAGCAGGGGCCGUCGCCAAUCUGCGCGGGUGCGGGGAGGAGUCGGCGGCGGUGCUCUUCUGGAUGUACGUUUGCGCCGUCUUCUCCGUCGCCGGGUGGAUGGUGCUCUACAUCAGGAUGCUCUUCUGAGGCCUCCACCCCUUGUGUGGUUCCGUUCCCGCUUCUUCCACCAAGGAAAUGUUACUCUAUACUCCCAUCCACUCCGACCGAUAUACAUCAUACACUGCUGUUGCUUACUGCAGUUCACACGCGCCGACGAUGGUGAUGCUAGUAGUAGCUGACACUGACAGUGACCUCCCGGCAGCGGACAAAGUUUGCUGUCGAGGCUCUCGAUCCGUGCGUCCAGGACGUGUGUCUCGCAAGACUCGCCGCCCCGGCCGGGAAGGGCUUGGCUCCUUUUUGAUUUGUGUGGCGGGGACGGGAGACUGCAGGAUACUGCCGGCGCUGGAAAUGCCCCGCAGCUUCACAUAAACGACAGAAAAGGAAUAUGCACCAAGCAUUCGGUCUACACUAGAGUUAUGGAUCAGUAAAAGCUAGCACUCUUUAUGAAUUGAGCACAGCGUGUACGGGUUCCUUUGAUUCGAAAUUCGAAGGAUUUUCAUAGGAAU